UCCUCCUUCCCCAUUAGGAGAGCAAACACACGGAGCAGCGGGGGGCAGAGGGGACCGAGGGCUACAAAUAGGCAGAGCCCACCGGGUGCCCUCAGUGCCAGCACCGACAGAACCAUGCAGCUUUCCACGGUGAUUCUCUGCCUCCUCGCAGCGCUUCUGCCCGUCGGAUCCGCGCAUCUCUGGGCGUGGAUGUACGCUCUGCCCCAACACCCGCCCGAUAGAGCAGCGCUGGGAAGGAGCGCUGGGACGGGGGGGAGCGCGGAGGAGGUGACACCGUGCGGCCCCACGACCCCCUGUACCCACGGACACUUCUGCGAUGAGCACUUCGGGCUGUGCCUGCCCACCCGGCCCGCAGGGCAGUACUGCCGCCGGGACACACACUGCGCCCACGGGCUCCUCUGCACCUUUGGGAAGUGCCAGCAGCCCGUGCCCCACGGGCAGGAGGGAGCUCGGUGCCAGAGGGAUGAGGACUGCGGGCCGGGCGGCUGCUGUGCACGGAGACACGGUGAGAUGCUGUGCCAGCAGCGGCUGGAGCUGGGGCAGAGCUGCCAUGUGCCCCCCGGGGGUUUGGCCUUCAGCAUCAACCAGGUUUGCCCCUGCCAGGCUGGGCUGGUGUGCCGAGCAUCGCCUCCACCACGAGAGAAAGCGUUUGAAUAUUGGCCAGAGAAGAGCGAAUGGAGGUGCCGGCAGCCCUGAGCCAGCAGCGCUGUAUUUAUUCCAUGUAAAUAGAUGUACAGCCCCCAUAAAGCAGGACGUGUCCCCCCCCAGGAGCUGGGCAGGACCCGGCUGCUCUCAACCCCCCCCAGGGGAGGCUGCAGUCAUUGCAGAGCUGAGCUGUGCAUGGUCUCAGCCCCCCCCCCUUAAUGAUGGACCCCCCCCCCAAAUGAUGGACCCCCACCAGGCACAGCCAAGGGGAGAUCUCACUGAAUUGUUUAUUACAAAGAACCAAGCGAGCGGGGCGAGUCCCCCCCCCCCCAAACACACACACACACACAUUAAAGGAGAAUAAAUAAAUAAAAGACACUUUGUCGGGGGUCUUUAAAUAAACUUGGGGGGAUGACAUAAAUACGGGACGUCCCUCUGCCCUUCAGGAGGGCUGGGGGUUGUAAAGGGGGGUGGGGGGGGGCCCAGCUGCCCGGCCCUGGUGGGGUCAGCACCGGUGCAGGUGGGUCUCAAAGCACUUGGCAGGCAGUGACACCGAGUCCCCCCCCCCAGCAUUAAAGGGGAAACUGAGGCACACAACGGGCAGAGCUGGUUUGGCAGCGGCAGAGCUGAGAGCCCCGGAGCCCCCCCGGCCCGGGCUGGCAAGGCUGGUGGUGUGGGUAAGGCAGCAACACCAGGGCCCCCCCACCCCACAGCAUCGGUGAGAGGUGAGUCCAGCCCCACUGCAAGGGUUGGCCAUGGGGUGUUCCCACUGCAGUGCUGUGACCCCUAUAGGGGCAGAGGGAUAAGGGACACCCCAGGGUGGGCGCAGGUGAAGGCAGGGCCCUGGGGAGCUGAGGUGGGGGACAGACAGACAGACAGACAGACAGGCACACAGACACAGCUGGAUGGGGAAAGAGCAGAUGGGCACAGAAAGGGGGUGGCACAGAGGGGGUUGGCAGGGCUGGGGGGCAGGGCCUGGUGCUGCUCAGUGCGCCCCAUGGUCCCAGGAAAAGGGGGGGGGAGGGAGGGGUAAGCACAGGACCCCCCCCGGGACCUGCUGGGCACUGUGUCAGGCCAGGGCUGGGGCAGCUGUUAGCACGUGUUAGAAACACCCCCCCACCACCACCACCCAGAUUGGCUCAGAUUCACCCCCUAACACCAAAAACAGGCAAAGCCCACCCCCAUUCCAAUGCAAACACAUGCAAAGACCAUGCCCCCCCCCCCUCCCCACCCCAGGCAGGCAGCACCCAGUGGGGAUCCCAAAACCCUGCACACAUGGCACACGCAUGCACCCCCCCCACAGCUACAGGGCAGGCACUGGCUGGGGAGGGAACAGCAGGCAGAGAAACCCCCCCCCAAACACACACCAGCUCAGGGGUCCCCCUGCAGCAGGGUGGCAUAGAGCACCAUGAAGAAGCGGGUGCACCCUGGGGAGGGGGCUGCGGGCAGGCAGCAGGCAAAGGGCUGGGGAGGGAGGAGA